CUAGUUUUAAUUUAAUCGCAUUGUGUCUGGUCUAUUUCUUGCUAGAGGUUAGCGGAGUCUGCAGAAGAUGCUGACCUGUACCAUGAAUACAACAGUUCACUGCAGUUUGAUUAUUACAACUCCAUGCUGAUCAACACGAUGGAUGAAGAUGGAAACUCUGUGGAGCUGGGCGGAGAGUUUCCGCUUGAAGAAAACGAACAUUUUAACAACCUGCCUGUGAAUACGCAACAGAGCACCAUCCAGGUUCCCACCAAUGUCUACAACAAAGAUCCCAAAUUGCUUAAUGCCAUCUACAACUCUGAGGCUUUGAAUGAUGUCUACAUUAACAACUUUCUGAGAGAUCCCACACUUACUUGGCAGUACUUUGGCAGUUCCUAUGGCUUUUUUAGAAUCUACCCUGGUAUUAAAUGGACUCCUGACAACAAUGGUGUGGUAGCUUUUGACAGCAGAAACAGAAAUUGGUACAUCCAGGCAGCUACAUCUCCCAAGGAUAUUAUCAUCAUGGUGGAUAUCAGUGGCAGCAUGAAGGGAUUAAAGAUGACCAUAGCCAAACACACCAUUAACACCAUCCUGGACACACUAGGAGAGAAUGAUUUUGUCAAUGUCAUUGCUUACACUGACUAUGUUCGCUAUGUGGAGCCAUGUUUCAGAGGAACAUUGGUGCAGGCUGACUUGGACAACAGGGAGCACUUUAAGCUGCUGGUGGAGGAGUUGCAUGUUAAAGGAGAAGCAAAAAUAAAGAAUGCCAUGAAGGAGUCUUUUAAGAUCCUAAAUGAGGCGAGGAUGAAUGGUCAGGGCAGCAUGUGUAACCAGGCCAUCAUGCUAAUCACAGAUGGAGCCAUGGAGGACUUUGAAUCUGUCUUUGAAGAAUUUAACUGGCCAGAGCGCAGGGUUCGAGUGUUCACCUACCUGAUUGGUAGAGAGAUGACAUUUGCUCAAGCAACCAAGUGGAUCGCUUGCAACAACAAGGGUUACUACACACACAUCUCAACUCUGGCUGACGUUCAGGAGAAUGUCAUGGAAUAUCUGCAUGUGCUCAGUCGACCAAUGGUUAUCAACCACGACCAUGACAUCAUCUGGACAGAAGCCUACAUGGACACAGUGCUUCCCAACACAAAGGAGCUUUUCUACACCAAAGCUCAGAGUUUGCUGCUGAUGACUUCAGUGGCCAUGCCAGUUUUCAGCAAGAAGAAGGAAACACUGUCGCAUGGCAUCCUGCUGGGUGUGGUUGGCACUGAUGUUCCCCUCAUGGAGGUGAUGAAGCUGGCGCCGAGAUACAUACUGGGACCGCAUGGCUACGCCUUCCUCCUCAACAACAAUGGUUACAUCCUGGCUCAUCCUGACCUCCGACCUCUGUAUAAAGACGGUAAGAAGCUAAAGCCAAAGCCAAACUACAACAGUGUGGAUCUGUCAGAGGUGGAGUGGGAGGACACAGAGGAGAUGCUGAGGACACCUAUGGUGAACGGAGAGACAGGCAGCAUGACCCUGAACAUCAGAGCUUCUGUGGAUAAAGGGAAAAGACCAAUGUACCUCACCAACAACUACUUCUACACAGACAUUGCUGAAACGCCUUUCAGCUUUGGCCUGGUGCUGACCAAGGGUCACGGCAGUCUGAUGUUUACAGGAAAUGUAUCAGUGGAAGAAGGUCUGCAUGAUAUGACCUCCCCUGACCUAAGCCUCGCCUCUGAGUGGACUUACUGUGAGACAGACAUCGACCCAGAUCACCGAAAAUACACCCAGCAUCAAGCGGUCAUCAGAUACCUACAGGGGAAGGAGCCUGACCUGGAGUGUGAUGAAUUGUUGCUCCAGCAGAUAUUGUUUGACGCCGUGGUAACAGCCCCACUGGAGGCUUAUUGGAACUCAGUGAUGCUUAAUGACAGGGUGGAGCCGGGGGUCGAGACAGCUUUUCUUGGGACUCGCUCGGGCCUGAUGAGGUUAAUGAGAUAUGCAGGAACGGAGACCAGAGUGGCAAAAAAAUUCCUGACUCCAUUGGACAAAAACAACCUGUUCACCAUCGACCAUUUCCCCCUUUGGUAUCGCCUGGCCGUGGAAAACACUCCUGGGAGAUUUUUCUACUACGCUGUUAAUGACAAAGGAGUGAAGUAUGUUAUAGCAACAACAGCUGUCACCGUGUCAUCUGGAGACAAAAUGGCCAUGGCUGGAGCUAUCGGGGUACAGAUGUCCUUGGAUUGGCUGGAAAAAAGGUUCUGGGCCAUUGCCAAACAGCCCAGUGACACAGAUUGCUCAAAUGUUGAGGGGGUGUGUCCUUUGAGCUGUGAAAGUGAUGACCUGAGUUGCUACCUAGUCGACAACAAUGGCUUCAUUCUGCUGUCCAAAGAGAGGAAUGACGUUGGUCGUUUCUUUGGGGAGGUGGACGGGUCGGUCAUGGCUUCACUCAUCAAAAUGGGAAUGUUUAAAAAAGUGUCUCUGUUUGACUACCAGGCUAUGUGCAAGAACAGUCACCAUCAUGCCAGCAGUGCUCGACCUUUGCUUAGUCCGUUCUACAUGAUUUUGGCUUUGAUGAGAUGGCUCUUCUCCAACGCUUUGAUGUUUGUGCUGGACUUCAACUUCUGUGGUCUCUGGCACUCUGACUAUUUCGUAGAUGCCAAAGCCGGCUAUCACACAUCUCAUAAGCAAAAGAAAGUGGAUGCACUGCAGCCCUGCGACACUGCAUACCCCGGAUUCAUGUAUGACUCAUCGGUCAGGGAGGCUAACAGUCUCAUCAAGUGUGGACGCUGUCAGAAGAUGUUUGUGGUGCAGCAGGUUCCUGACAGUAACUUGGUUCUGGUUGUUACACAAGCCUCCUGUGACUGCUCCCGUCAGUUUGGACCCAUCCUGCUGCAGCCAAAGGAAAUUAAAUAUAACGCAACUGUGAAGUGCAACAGGAUGAAAUCUCAGAAGGUGCGAAGGCGUCCAGAGUCCUGCCACUCCUACCACCCAAAGGAGAAUGCUAAGGACUGUGGAGGAGCAUCUGCCAUCUCCAUGUCUCUUCGUCUCUUUGCUGCAUCUCUGCUUUUCUCGGUGCUCCUUCUCCAGUGGACAUAAAUCAGGGAAAAAAGAUCCCAUCCACCAGAAGACAAGAAAACAGUUUGAAACAAG